UUUUUGAUAGCAAUUGGCAUCUUAUAGCCAGACAACUUGCUGCUAAGAAAGUCGAAAUAAGAAUGGGCUGUCCUCAGCAGCGUUGGGUAGAAACAAUAUCGAUUACAUUUAUUCUGUAUGAUGGACAUGCACGAUUUACCUGCUACUUCAAAAGCCACCUGCUGACAAAAGAUAAUAAAAUAUACUUUUUCCUAGAACACUGGACUGAUGUCCGAACAAAAGACUCAGGAAAUCUUUAAAUCUUUUAGUCUCUUUAAAGUCUCGUUACUGCAAAAUAUUAUCAAAAAGAUGUUUCAUUGUUUCUUUUUAUAAAAAUGGACGUCUUUGAUAGCAUGCACUGGAGAACAACAAAGAAACUGCUGUCUGCGAUAGGAUUGUGGCCUUUUCAGCCGGUUAUUCAACGAAUAGUAGUCGGAGCUUUCGUUUAUUUUAUCAUACAGAGUAUAUUUAUAUGUGUGUCUUUGAAAUUGAUUGUGUCAUGGGGAAAUUUGGCUGAGACGCUUUACAGUGUGCCAAUACUUGUCUACUUUUCGAUGAUUCAAGUUAAAAUAACUAACUGUCAUUUGAAUCUACAUAAGGCUAAAUUUUUACUAUUACGAGUCAAAAGAGAUUGGGAAUCAAAAUUAGAAGAUUCUGAAUUUGAAAUAUUACGUAAUGAUGGACGUAUCCAUAAAAUAAUAAUGGAUGUUUACUUUAGUGGAUUAAUUUGCGUAGCGACUGUGUACAUCGUACUGCCAUUAAUGUCACCUCUCCUCGACAUAAUCAUCCCCCUGAAUGAAACCAGGGAAAGAAUAUUACCCUAUCCAGCGGAAUACUUUAUAGACAUCCAAAAAAAUUUUUUUAUGCUCUACCCUCACGGAGCGAUAGUAACUCCCAUAGCUUUGACAAUUCUCGUGGGAUUUGAUUCACUCUACGCAGGUUUUGUUCAGCAUGCCUGCAGCAUGUUUACUAUCAUUGGAAGGCGCCUAGAGAAUUUGACUGUCGACAGAAAUAAUAUCGAUGAAGAAAAAAAUUCCCUGAAUGAAAAUCAUGGUCUCCAGUCAUUUAUUACUUGUGUUAAAAUGCAUAAAGAUAUUUUACAGUUUGUAAAACUUGUAGAAAAAUACUACUCUAAUUAUUUUUUUGUGCUACUUGGCGUUAUUGUGGUCGGUUUAAGCGCCACAGGUUUUCAAUUUGUAGUCUUGUUAAGUGGAGUAGGUGAAAAAGUACGCUGUCUUUGGUACGCGAUGGGCCAAGUGACUCAUUUAUUUUUUUUGAGUUACGUCGGACAGAAGUUAAUAGAUCACAGUCAAAUUAUCAACGCGUCGCUAUGUGCCGCUAAGUGGUACGACUAUCCCCAAAAAAUGAAAGCGUUAAUUAUUUUAAUGCUGAUGAGAGGCAAAAGAGUAUCGAAGGUAUCGGCUGGUAAAAUUUAUGUCAUGUCAAUUGAAAAUUUCAGCUCCGUAAUAAAAGCUUCAAUGUCAUAUUUUGCCGUCCUUACAUCUAUGGAGUCAUAAAUAUUGUAAUUGUCGAUCAUAAUUUAUCACUUUUUUCAAAUAAUUUAUACAAUUUCUUUGAUGUUGUAAAAAUAUUAAAAUAAUUUAUUUU